AUUUUUGUCACGUGACGAAUUGUUGACGUCCGGGUCGGUCCAACAAGAUGGCGGCGCGCUGGAGCAGCGAGAAUGUGGUGUUGGAGUUUCGAGACGCGCAGGCGACCACCAUGUCCGUGGACUGCCUGGGCUCGCACGCCGUGCUUUCUGGGCGCCGCUUCCUGUACGUGGUCAACCUGGAGGCGCCGUCGGAGCUGGCCAAGAAGAUGUCUCGCCAGAGCAAGUGGGACGUGGGCACCGUCCAGUGGAACCCCCACCGCUCUCAGGCGCACGUCUUUGCCGCCUCGAGCAACCAACGCGUGGAGUUGUAUUCGUGGAAGGACGGCGUAGGAAGUGUCCACACGUCGCUGUCAGGCCACACACGAGUCAUCAGCGAUCUGGACUGGUCGUGCUUCGAAGCCGAGUUCCUGGUUAGCAGCUCGGUGGACACGUAUAUGUACAUCUGGGACAUCAGAGACACACGCAAACCUGCUGUGGCACUGUCUGCUGUCGCCGGCGCCUCUCAGGUCAAGUGGAACCGCAGGAGCCGUGACGUGCUGGCCUCCAGUCAUGACGGGGACGUGCGCAUCUGGGACAGACGGAAACCCAACACGGCGUGCGAAUAUGUGGCGGCGCAUCUGUCCAAGAUCCACGGGCUGGACUGGCACCCGGAGCACGAGUUCAUCCUGGCCACCAGUAGUCAGGACAACUCUGUCAGGUUUUGGGACUACCGCCAGCCCAGGAAGUACUUGAACAUCUUGUCAUGUCAGGUUCCCGUGUGGAAGGCCCGAUACACGCCCUUCUCCAAUGGGCUGGUCACAGUUAUGGUUCCUCAGCUGCGGCGCGAGAACAGUCUCCUCCUGUGGUCCACACUGGACCUGAACAGUCCUGUCCACGCCUUCGUGGGACAUGACGACGUCAUCUUGGAGUUCCAGUGGAGGCCGCAAAAGGAAGGUCACGCACGUUGCAAAGACUUCCAGCUGGUGACGUGGUCCAGAGAUCAGACGUUGAGGAUCUGGAGGGUGGACCCGCAGCUCCAAAAGCUGUGCCUGAGCGACCUGCCGGACGAGCUGGCGGACGGCGCGGCAGCCAUGGUGGAGUCGGACAAGACGCUGACGUCCACCGAUUCUGACGGACAGCGCGCCAGAAUUCUCGUCGGGCCUCAUCCUCAAGAUCAAGACGGCGGGCGGGACUCGACGGCGUCUUCCGGCCUGGCUCAAACGCUCCAACAGGAAUUCUCCCUGGUCAACCUGCAGAUCAGGAAUGUCAACGUGGAGAUGGACGCGGUGAACUGCAGCUGCGUAGUGUCGGCUCACUUCGGGACUCAUCAGGUCCGCCUGCUCAUGAAGUUCCCGGGACAAUAUCCCAACAACAGCGCCCCUACCUUUCAGUUCCUCUCUCCGACAAGCAUCUCUGCCGCCAUGAAGACAAAGAUCCACAAAGUCUUGAGUGAUGUGUCCCUGCAGAAGGUGAAGAGGAACCAAAACUGUCUAGAACCUUGCGUCCGGAAGCUCGUGUCCUGCCUGGAGUCCGUCGUGGAGGACAGCCCGUCCUCAAGACCUUUCGUGCUGUCCAAUCCCGUGGCUCCGACGCUGCAGGCCUUUCCGCGAGUCAUCAACACCUACGGGUCCUACCAGGAUGCCAACAUUCCCUUCCCGCGCACGUCGGGCGCUCGCUUCUGUGGCACCGGGUGUCUGGUUUACUUCACCCGGCCAAUCAGCAUGCACCGCGUGGCCCCGCCCACCGAGCCCACGCCCAGGUCGCUGUCGGCGCUGUCGGCCUACCACAGCGGCGUCUUGACGCCCAUGAAGAUUCGCGCAGAGUCGCAGAACACGCUCCGACUUUACAGCGGCAGCCCCACUCGGGCCGACAAAGACACCGUCUCCAUCUCCUCCUUCUACUACAAAGAGCGGAAAUCUCGGCGCUUCAAGAGCAAAAGGGACGGUGCCGACUGCGGGGGGCGCUCCAUCAAGUUGGCGGGGAAGGUCAUCAUCCAGGAAAUCUCCUGCCUGCUGCCCGUUCACAAAGUUCUGGGAGAGAAUUACAUCCUGAACAUGAGUGACACGGAGGACACGUGCCAGAAGAACGCCGCCGCUGCACUGGCCGUCGGACGUCGUGACGUGGCCAAGGUGUGGGCUCUGGCCUCGGCGGCGACCGGUCGAGGCCUGAGUCCCGAUUCGGACCCUGACGCAGACGCACCCUGGGCCAGUCAUCCAUUUGGACGCCGCCUGCUGGAGACGCUCGUAGAGCACUACAGUCACAUGAGUGACGUGCAGACUCUCGCCAUGCUAUGCAGUGUCUUUACAGACUCGGGCGCCAACGUGGAAGUGACGCACCCUGCGCCGCAGGCACGCCAAGCGCGUUUUGCCGGCUCGAGCGAGUCGACUAUGGCGUUUGCGUGUCGGGAACAGCCGGAACAGGCUCUUGGCCGCAGCGAGUCCCCCGAAGACGCCCGCCACGGCAGCCGGGGACACGUCGAGCCAAAGGAACGGGAGCGUGAGCGGCACGACAUGAACCGAAGACUUUUGGACCCGACCAACACGCCGCAGUUUGAUGACUUUAAGAAAUGCUAUGCGGAAAUUCUCUAUCGGUGGGACCUGCGAGACAAGCGCGCCGACGUGCUCAAGUUCGCUUCCUGUCCGCCCGAGCCGCACCAAGGUGUCGAGUUGUGCGUGCUAUGCUGCCACUGCGGCAGUCCCAGUCGCGGCACUCAGUGCGUGGCCUGCAAGCGCCUGAGCUUCCAGUGUGUGGUGUGUCACGUGGCCGUGCGGGGCUCUUCCCACUUCUGCCUCGGCUGCGGCCACGGCGGCCACACGGGUCACAUGAUGGACUGGUUCCGGAAGCAGGAGCAGUGCCCGGCCGGGUGUGGCUGCCGCUGUCUGCAGCAGAGCAACUUCUGACGGCGCAGAACAACUUUAGACGGCUGGCGUGACCGCCGCAUCGCGUGACCUGAUGCCCUGUCUGCAACCCGUUCACAAAGUUUUGGGAAAGAAUUGCAUAUGAGUGGGCGGAGCCUCAACGUAAAUGAUGUCACGUUUUUCCGGCCGACAGUCAACUUGAGGGUAUCAAAAAGCCCUUGGAGCCAUAAAGGAGCAGUAGGGUCAUAUUUGGGCUGGCCAAUAAUUCAAGAUGGUACAG